UUAAAAAUGGCCGACGAGGUAAGGGAAACAAACACAGUUGUUGAAGAAAGCGAUGUUAAAGAGGAACCCAAAGUUUUGGAAGUUCUUCCAGACAGCCACCCUGUUGGCAUUAGCAGCGAUGAAGAGGCGCCAAUAGACAAACCGGCGACCGAGAGCAAUUGGUCAACACCGAUCCUGUCGCUGGCACGGAAGGCGACCGAGACGAUCAGCAGUGGGGUCACCUACGGUGCAGCUUUGAGAAACGCAACAUCGUCGGGAUCUGCCGCUAGCUCUCCUACCAGUCCGACUAAACUAAAGUCUACCGAGAAUGACAACAACACUAACCAAUACCUACCAGCAGUGAAGGACCAUAUGGCUGUGGAGCGCUCCAACCUGUUCAGUAUGAUGAAGCUGAGUAUUAAGGGCCUGAUCCAGUCUUCUCUAAGUCUGGGCAGAACCAUGGACUCUGACUACCCGCCUCUGCAGCAGUUCUUUGUGGUUCUGGAGCAGUGCCUCAAACACGGACUGAAAGUGAAGAAGUCAUUCAUCAAUCAGAAUAAGUCUAUCUGGGGUCCUCUGGAGCUGGUUCAGAAGCUGUGUCCUGAUUCUGCUGAUAUUACCACCAGUGCCAGAGACCUGCCAGGGCUAAAGACUGGGUUGGGUCGGGCUCGGGCCUGGUUGCAUCUGGCCCUGAUGCAGAAGAAGUUGUCUGACUACCUGAAAGCCCUGCUGGACCGUAAGGACAUCCUGGGUGAGUUCUACGAUCCAGGAGCGUUGAUGAUGGAGGAGGAGGGGACAGUGAUAGGAGGGAUGCUGGUGGGGCUAAACAUCAUUGAUGCUAACCUCUGUAUCAAAGGAGAGGACCUGGACUCCCAGGUGGGGGUCAUAGACUUCUCCUUGUACCUGAAGGACCCUAUGACCACUGAGACCACUAAGGAUGAUGCUAAGUUGACGGCCAUAUUGGACCAGAAGCACUACAUCGAGGAGCUGAACAGACACCUGAGCUGCACCGUCACUGACCUGCAGGCCAAGAUGGACUCCAUAGAGAAGACCAACAGCAAGCUCAUUGAGGAGCUGACUGCAGCGACAGACAGGAUUAACUCUUUACGGGAGGAACAGGAAACCCUGAGACAUGAGAAUGAGACCAUCGUCCAGAGCAGCCAGAAGAAAGAGGAGGCGACCCUGGAGGACAGUGCAGUAGAGCUGGAGACAUACAGACAGACACGGCAGGGCCUGGAUGAGAUGUACAGUGUGGUGUGGAAACAGUACCAGGAGGAGAAGCGCAUCAGACAGGAGUUGGAGAGGGAGCUGGAGCUGCAGGUAGGACUAAAGCAGGAGAUGGAGAUGGCCAUGAGGCUGCUGGAAAAAGACACACAUGAGAAACAGGACACACUGCAAGCUCUCCGACAACAACUAGACCAGGUCAAAACCCUCAACCUGCAGAUGUUCCAUAAGACACAGGACUGUGAGCGCGAGGCCCAGAUGAAGGAGGAGGAGGAGGGACAACUGGAGGAGAAGAUGAACCAAAUGGAGACCACCAUUAAGGAGAUGGAGCAGAGACUGCAGAACUCUGAGCGUGAUCGUAGACAGAGUGACCAGACAGAGAGAAACAUGAGGACCGAGCUGGAGGGCAGAGUAGACUCCCUGCAGAAACAACUGUCUGACCUGGACACACUGAGGCUGGGUCUGGAGAGUGAUCUGCGCAGUGAGAAGGAGCAGAGACAGGCCAUUCAGAGAGCUCUACAGAGAGAACAGGACAACAGCACUGAGCUACGCACCCAACUACAGCAGAUACAGGGGCUACACACGGAGUUGCAGGAUGUUCGUCAGGAGAAGCAGCAGCUGCAGCAGACCUGUCAGGAUCAGGAGACGGCCUUACAGGACAUGGGCCUACACCUCAGCCAGUCUAAACUGAAGAUGGAGGAUUUCAAAGAGGUCAACAAAGCCCUGAAGGGCCAAGCCUGGCUGAAAGACGAUGAGGCUACACAGUGUAAACACUGUCAGAAGGAGUUCUCUAUCGCUCGCAGAAAGCACCACUGUAGGAACUGUGGAGAUAUCUACUGUAACAGUUGUUCUAAUAAUGAGUUGGCCCUGCCCUCCUACCCUCGACCUGUACGGGUCUGUGACAUCUGCCACUCCCUACUGCUGCAGAGGAGCACCUCUUCCACCUCCUCUUGACACACAAGCAGAUCCUCAUACACACACUCCUCUUGACACACAAGCAGAUCCUCAUACACACACUCCUCUUGACACACAAGCAGAUCCUCAUACACACUCCUCUUGACACACAAGCAGAUCCUCAUAUACACACUCCUUCUCACGCAAGCAAACAGACACUCACACACACUCAAUCUUUCUUCUCUCAAGUCAUUGCAGUGAUCUAGGCUACUGUGCUCAAAGCCCGCAGUACUCUUGGUCAUUGAGAACACAUUUUAAUCCAAUUUGGGCAGGAACAGAUUUGGUGUGAUCUAUAAAGUUCUGUUUUGCCACUUACCUGAAAUUCAGGAUCUUUGGGCACGGUUGACUUUUGAACUGUAGAGGUUUCUACCCUCUUCUUGUGCUAAUACUGCCUUCUCUCUUUUAAACUCAUCUGGGGGGAUUUCACUCAAUAAUAUCACUAAAUAGUGAGUCAGCGGGGCUAAUUGUUCAUUGUUACGAACUAACUCCAUUCCCGUAUAUAUAUAUAUAAGAUGCCAAAUGAUAGUUGAAGGGAGCCACAGUGUAUUGGAACAUCAGUGUUUGUUGUAAUAUAUGAAUGACCGACUAUGCAACAAUAUCUCAAUUGUGGGAAAAUGUUAGACGAACUGACCUUCAAUAAAAGCAUUGAAAUAGUUCAAGAAAAGCAACGUUGAUUGACUUUAUUAUAGUAAUUUAGAGCAGGAGUUUUGAAAAGGUCUUAGAGCUGAUUUAUAUAGAUAGAAUCAUGUGAAAGUUUCACUUCGUGAGGCAAAGGAACGGAUGACUACAGAAUGUUCUUAACACAUCAUGUCUAUUUUAGAAUGUAUAUAAUGAGUUUUGUGCAUACUAACAGCCAUUUUCUGACCAGUCAUUGGGGCGUGUUUUGAGCAAUGUUUUCUAUCAAGAUAUUUAAUAAAAACUUAUCUGAAUGAGUUUCUUCU